AUGGUGGAGUGCAGGAGGGCGGACCGAAGGAGGCUCAUCAUUCCUGUAUUCUUCGGUGUCGAACCUUCCGAUGUUGGGAAGCAGGAAGGUCAUUUUUUGCCAGCGUUCCAGAAGCAUGAAAAAAAUGAGAAGCUAAAGGAAGGGAUGAGGGACUGGAAGAAUGCUUUGCGUGAGGUUGGAAAGAUAUCGGGGUUCAACCUAAAGGAUGCAAAUGAGCACGAAGCAGAUCUUAUAACGUGCAUUUUGAAAAGGAUUAUGGAGGAAGUGAACCCUAAAUACCAGCUCAUGUGCGCCUAUCCUACAGAUCUUAAUUCUGGCGUAAAUGAGGUGAUCGAACGGUUGGAUAGGAAAGUUAGAAUGGUUGGGAUUUGUGGGAUAGGCGGCAUCGGGAAGACAACCCUUGCCAAAGCAGUCUACAACAGAUUAUUAAAGCAGCACAAUGAGAACUGUUCCAGCUUCGAGAAGUGCAGCUUCCUUGCAAAUGUCCGCGAAGUAUCAAAGUAG